AUGGCACUUGUUUUCUUUUAUUGCGUGCAGACAGGCCUUUUUUACUAUAUGCGACGAUCGGGCUAUAAGCCAUACCCGUAUUUCAUCGUCUUCCUCACGAGAACUUAUGGUUGAACUACUGUAAAUGAUUUGAGAAGUCCUAGUGAGGACCAUGAGGACUUUCCUGCUCGAUGUUUUUUCUCAGAGGCUAAUGCUUUCCCUUUCUUAUAAUGAGAAUGAUGUUUGAGUAGGUUUACCUGGAAAAUGAAAAUAUAUCUAUGUCAUUUCAAGUCGCGAGUGUAACAAAACUGCAAUAUUUACGUCUACUAGCUCUAAAGACUUGGAACCUUCUACCCUUGCGAUCUGUUGUUCCAAACCAACACCCAUUUGUUCUGUUUGCUUUCGUCUAUGGUUUUGCUGCUCGUCGUUUUUGAGAUCAUGCCGAUUGGCAGUGAAAGCGGGAUGCAGGGCGACGAUCAUGAAGGACUCCUAGGAAGUACGGAUCCAAACAACUCGGGAAGCAAAGAGGAUGUGGCAACACCACCCCCACGUGCUAGUAGGGAACAACAGGUUUGUGAAAUGGGAGGUGAUGCAAGUAGGGAAUCUAGCGACGAAACUGCAACAGCGCCAAGGAAAAACAUGCAACGAAAGAAGCAAUUCCCAAUAGCAAAGAAGCCGUUGCUCCAGCGAGGACCGAAAGAAUUACUCGAUCAUGGUGAGAGGAGAAGAAUGCUCGAACUUGCUGCACAAGGCGAAACAAAUACUACGUUUAAACAAAUGCGUCAGUUGUCUACCUAUUUUCACUAUCCAUUGCGUUAUCUUGGACCCAGGAGUACGCCUGCAGUACCAGUAGGAUCAUUGCCAGGUGGAACAAAGAAUGGAUCGACGGCAUCAAAGACCUCGAACUCGACAAAUUCUAGUGCCUCUACUUCCUCUUCCACUUCUACAGAUGAAAAAGCUACGCUGACACCACGUCGUGUGAACUUCAAGGCGCAACUUUACUUAGCACGUCUAUGGAUGCUCGCGGCACUGUUUUUCGCACCUUCUGGCUGUUCUUUGUCGGGUUUUCUAGAGGUGCACAACUUCACGUGUGCCUUGGCGCUCAUUUUCGGCGUGUUUUUUGUGGUGGGGACCACUAUUUUCUACCAAAGAUACCUAUUUCAUGCUAAAAAACGAAUCUGGCGACUACGGAAAGAAGUCGUGCGAAGGCAUAUCGAAGCAGCAGUUACGAGUACCGAAGAACAAACGUCGACUGAGGUGAAUGGUGAUGCAAUUACCACUAGUGGAAGAGGGACCGCAGGUGCAUCAAGAAGAGAAUCGAGAAUAAAAAGGACAAAUAAUGACGAUGUUGCUGUAGAAAUAAGGACAAAUGGCACAAAAAGAAGAUCGCGUUCUUGUAGUAUAAGUAGUAGGACUUCUUCGUCGUCUUCGUUAUCAAGAAACAGAAGGUGUGUUGCUCUCAGGAGAGUAGUGGAUUCGGAAUCUGGUUCCAGUGCGAGUGAGGACGAAAAAUCAGUGGUCGUGGCUGAAGAUGGAAGAUUGCAAUGUAAGACUACCACAAAUGGCCCUAAGAAUCAUGCGGAUGAAGUCUUUGCAGGAGGGGAAAGGAAAAGCAGAGGUAGUACAACUGUCACAACUUCUAGAGGAACAAGGACCAGCAAUUCUAGGAGUUCUACUUCUGCGCGGCGAAUGGGUCAGGCCGCUUUACCUGAAGCAUCACGCUCAAGUAUCUCUCGAAGAACUAGCGCAUUGGAUUCCGACAUCAACAGCAACAUUGUCGUGUUGUUGUACAACACACUGACGGCACAUGUGAACACCCAAGGAAAUCCAUCGUACUGGCAGGUUGCGCGUUGUCUUGGCUCGGUGAUCUGUCUCACAUUAUGAGAAAUCAAAAUGUCUAACUGAUCAGUUGUUCCACGUGAAUUCGUUUCUCCAUCCACCUAAAUUCAUUUCCAUCCUUUUUUGGUCCUUUGAGUGUUGAUCCAUUCAUGCUUUCCCUUUUCUCUUCCUCCAUCCCUCCCUUCUUCUAUUUUCCGAUGCAACUCCAUUUCCCUCCCUCUCUCCAGAAUCCCACAGCUCCAUAUCACCCCCUUUCUUCAUCUUCGGCAGUAGCAACUUUCGGGAUUUUGGCUAGACGAACAGGCGUCCUCGAAUUUGAAGAAUCGAUGCUGCGAGAGUUUUUCUCCAUAGUCGAGUACGUUAUCAUUUUCGGCACCAAUUUUUUCCUUCUCGUCUGCACCACGGAAUUUCUCUACAACAUGCGGAUUGGAAUUUUGGUGGAUUGAAGUUGUGGCGUUUGGAUGUUGUUCCUGGAGACCACUAGCUACUUUCUGUGAAAGAGAAAUUUAUUUUUUUUGAUUUAUUUCUUUGUUGUCUCAGUAAUUUUUUUGUAUCGAGCUAGCUACUUGGCGUCAGCCGCAUAUUAUCUCUUGUUACACCUACAUUUAUCUCUUAGUUGCCGAAUGCUACACCUACAUGAUUUUGUACUACGGAGAGAUGUCAUGAUAUAUCCUACUUCGCUUUACCUUUACUUUCUUUCCUAUUCUGUCUACAUCGAUCUACAAAAACACACAGCACAAUAUUCAUCCUGUUUCUCUUUGUUGAACACACAGACACGACCUUUCCCAAAAUGAUGACUUUGCCUGGUGUAGUGCCAAAAAAUACGAAUUUACCAACGUAGGAAACAACUACAACGGUAAGUAUUCAGUUCUCUCACAAGAACACUUUGUAUCUUACUUACCCGCGUGGAAGUUCAUUUCUCAUGGGCCAAUAGGCUGAAGGAGCAGGACAUCGACAUGCUCUUCG